AUGGGCUCCAGUCGUUUUUUUGCUGCCUUGGCUUUACUUCUUCUUGCGUCUGGAGCAGGUCAGUUUGAAGAGUUUCGGUGACCGCAUUUCAUUUUUCAAGGCUGCGUGACUCCGGCCGCUGUUCUGAGAAACGUUGAAGGUAUUUUUUUGAAGUUCGCAAAAAGAAAUGAUUUAUUCCGGACAUUUGCAGAAAAGAAAUUUUUCAAAAAUUGCUGAAUCUCAAAAAAAAAAGCCCCAUCAGUCAUCCAUUCAGCAUUUUUUUCAAAUCUCUAAAACUGUAUUUCUUAAAAACUGUAAGGGAAAAUGUUGAACAGAGUCUUCGAUUUUAGUUGAACCCCAAAAACUUUUUCACAUUGUUUUCUCCGGACUUAAGAAAUGUCAACAGGUUUUUUUGAAAAUUCGUUUUUGUACGUUUGGCGGUUAAAAACGGUCGAUUCACGUUCAGACAAAAACAACAGUGUUUCCAAAUCAGCUGACAAUGAGGUUUCAAAGCCGAGAAUUUCUCCGAGCGGACCACUCCAUCUUCACCCGGCUAUGCAAGCCUCACUGGUCUGUUCUAUCAGCAACAUCGGAGACGAAAUUCCCGGAAUGCACUGGGAAAAAUACGGCAGUGGUCUUUCUGGGUAGGUUUUUCCUUCUUUCAAACUUUGAAAGCAGGUGAUGAUAAACUUUUCAUACAGUUUUUGCUUCUUUUCAACAGCAAAAUGAAGUCUUUCUAACUGUAAUUGAAAUGGCUCAAAAUAGCGAUUGACCGGAAAAUUUCUCUGAAUUUUACGAAACUUCAGACGAGAGAUGUGAAAAAGCAAGCUUUUUCACAGCUCUAAAUUGUCAAGUCAGUAAACAAAAAGUCAAUUACAGUGAAGAAAAUAUCGAAGUUCAACGGCUGGAUAAUAACACGAUUUCUCUUCUGAUCAAAUACGUCACUGCACGGGAUAGCGGAGUCUACAGCUGCAUUGUUACAUAUGGUGGCGCAAGAAUUUCGCAAACGGUUGAAAUUCACGUUUACGGUACUUCAGAAGGACCAAAUGCAAACUAAAAAAAAAUUUGCAGAAGAGUGGGUCUUUGUCAACCAAGAAGUACAAGUUAUGCCUCCGCUCAAGCACUUUUCCUUGAACUUAUCUUGCGAGGUUUGCAUAUUUUGUUCACUUGGUUUGACACAUUUUGGCGGAACCUGAAAUGUCUUGAUGGGUUCAAAGAUUUCAAGAUUCAACAACCGUGUGAACAAGUUGCUUCAGUGCACUGUAGUCACGCAUGAUUCCAAUAUCAGCGUUGCUAAUCUUUUUUUAAGCAAAUGCAUCCAAAUUAGAGAGGAAAAAUCAGGCCUCGUUUCAAUUUGCAGGUCGAGAAAGAUCCAAAGAGCAUCUACACCACUUGGCUUCGAGAUGGGGCUAAUGUUGAAUAUCGUAAGUUGCACAUAUCGACCGAUUGAGAGCUUUUCCAGGAAACAAGCAAUUGAAAUCUGAGAAAUACAAGCUCUACAAAAGAGGCGCUAUCCUUGAAAUCAAGGAUUACAACCCAGACACCGACUAUGGAAGUUAUUAUUGCAGAGUGAGCUCAAAAGCUUGGGCUUCAAAUUCCAAUUUUCAUUUAGAUUCUGGAAAUAGAAACGGGGGCGACGACCGAACGUAGAGUAGCUAUUGGUGGGUUUUAUAAGAAAGUUAAUUUUUUUAUUAUCGAUAAAAAAAAUUUUUUUGUAGUGUGACUUUUUCCAGGAUCUGACAAAUACCGCAAAUGCAUGCGCGAGUGCACGUUGAAUUGUUCACACGCGUCCUAUUUCUGGAAAAAGAGACUGAACAACUACAAACUUUCAAUGGAUUGUAAAAGUUGUCAAAAAAAUUUCAUUUUUCCACCAAAAUUUUUACUUUUUUUCAUAAAUAAUUUUUCUUCUUUCUGUGCACCCAAGUGUUCACAAAAAAUACAAAUACACGAAUCACUCUAUUUUUUCGUCCUGUUCAUUUGUUCUUAAAAAAAUCCUAAAAAAACUGCAAAUUUCGCGAAAAAAACGGAGAGGGCAUUUCGUGACUUAUGAAUUUUUUUGUGCGCCCCUACUUUGACCGGGCUUGCGCAUUAGAAUGAAAGGCACCGUUGAUAUUGCCGGGAAUACUUUGCUUAUCACUCAAAGUCUUAUUUUUAUAUAAAUUUCACUUCAAAGAGCUAAAGCUCCGGCUGGAAUGCUCAAUUAUAGCAAUUUUUGGACAAAAAUUCAGCUAAAGAGCAAAUUAGGACGUCACAAAAACAACUCUCCGAAUAACAUUUAAAAUUGAAUUGGUUGACGGGGGAAUGCAAAAUAAUUGAAUUGGUUCAGCAAAAGCUUCAAAAUCAUCGAUGAAAACAUUUCAUUGCAGCUUUUUGACAAGCUUUUAUCGUUUUUACGUGCGUAUUAUUGAGAAAAUCGACACAAUGAAGUUGGCAGUACACGUUUUCCAAACUGCUUCCAUUACAACGCAAAAAAUUCAAGACCUUUCUCGAAGUUUUAUUUUUAAAGCUGCUCUCUGAACGUUUUCUGCAUCAUUUCAUCAAUUUUGCGCUCCUUCGUUAACCAAUUCCAUUGUAAAUGCAAUCCCGUCGUUGGCUGGAGGACAUUUAGACUGAAAAAGAAGCAUUCUCGAGUUUGAUGGCCGUUUUCUCUCUGGUCGCCUCUGCACUUUCCAGCCUACGUUUUCGGCUCAGGAAACGCUUCAAUGGAAUUUUAGCGUUGGAAUCCAAAAUUUGUUUUUACGUUUUCCAAUGUUUUGAACAUGGUUUCUGAUCUUUCUGAGUUAUUUUUGAGUUUGUGAAAAAUUCAUGUUUUUCUGUUCCGCAGCUUCUCUUUUGUUUUACCACAUAUGCACGACUGUUUUUCUUCUUUUACAGACAUCGCAAUUGUUAUCAAUUUUCAGAAUGGACAAAAAACAACGUCGCUCUACAAACUUAGAUGUAAACUUUGACAGAAGAUCCUGCUCCAUUUCGAUUCCCAUCCGAAACUCAUCUUCGAUUCCGAGAGAGAGUUUCUCCCAGGUGAGAAACUCAAUUUGAGAAGCAUAAACGAACAGAACCUUCAACAUAUUUUUAGGAAAGUGCAAAAUUUAUGAAUUGAGGGUUUCAAUUUGAAAAGUUUGUCUGGAUCAGCAUUUCUGUCCCUUUCUUCAUUUUUUUUAUUUUUCAGAUUCAGCCCAUGAUUGAAUCAAGUAUAAAGACGAAUUGUGUUCCACUGUUUUUCUCUCAAAAAAAGUGAAAUAUAAGAUGUUCUUAUUAACCGGCGAGGACAAAAGGGCCUAAAAUUCACUUAUUGCCUUGCGAAUUCUGACAAAAGAUUUUGGAUCUGAAAAAAUCAAGAAACUUCCAGCAAACGGUUGGCAAUAUGGAAAACCCAACGACCCCGGAAAUUGAUCCCGACGUGCCAGGAAUUUCAUCGGACAUUCUGCGGGAAUUACGCAACCUCCGCCUUGGCGACCGGUUGUCGCAAAGGCGAUUCAGCGACUGCGAUGUCGCCAAUCUGGCUGAAACAAAUCGGAGUGACAAGGAACAGAGGAGCGAACAAAAUUCAAGACACUGCUCUUUUUUGAGAUUCAAUUCGACCUCCGAAUCUUCUUCAACGCCAAUCAAUACAAUUUCUUCAAGUUCAUUAACGUGGGUGUUACUUGCCUAACUAGCUGACUUGACGUUUUAGGUUGACUUCUACAAAAACGUUCAUAAAUUUUUGUAUUCUUUCUUUGCCUUAAUAUGACAUCAAUUGACAAACUUUUUUCACCUUAUACUGUACUUAUUUGAGACAACCUUCCCAUGUGUCAUCGUCCAAGUUUAGGUUCACAAGGGAAACUCUUUUUUUAUUUUUUUAUAUCUUUUCGUAUAGAAUCGUGCUGAUUGUGAAGUUAAACACUUCCCUUGUGAAGUUUUUUUGGUUACAGCUAAAGUUUUUGCAAAAAAACUAUCAAUUUUUCUCACUAAAUCUGCUUUUUUCCAAAUAAUAAUUAUUCUUUGUAUUUUGAGGAUCUAAUCAAAAUGAAGUUUAUUACAUUUUUUUGAUAGUUUUUUUCAACUUUGUUUUUUUCCUGAAAAAAACCAUUAUAAAAAGGAAAUUUUUUCACAAGACUAAACUCACAUCAAAAAAAAACCGGUAAUAGCCAGAAAAUGAUCUUUUUCGGUAAUUUCCAGAUCUCUUUUUUUCCCGGUAAUUUCCAGAACAUUUCAACGGAUAGAGAAGUUUAUGAAAACGUAUUACAGAGAUACAACAUCUGAAAAUGUUGCUGGGUCGUUUCGAGACUCGCCGACGGAUGAAGACUCCCUAUCCAGCAUGUUUCAACAGGUUUGAAAGGAAAAUCAUCGAACGAAAAAUGAUAAAAUUCUUUUACAGGUAAAAACCGUUAGUAUUGGUUUGUCACUCUUAGUUGAGAAUGUUUUAUUUGCCGAGGCAGGAAACCGAGUUUGGUUAGUUUUUUCUACUUUUUCUUCUGUAAAGUUUGAUUAAUGUAAUUUCGUCCUUUCAGGGUCGCUGGUUGGACGCAUCGAAUAGAUUUCACAGGGUAUAAAAAUACGUUUUCUUUCUGUGAUGAGCUUAUUAAGGUUUUCAGUAAGGGUUUUUUUUUUGAUGUUCGAAACUUCUUUUCAGGUUGGUAAUAUGGAUGUGAAAGGGAUAAAUGAUCUACCGGCACUUUUUUACGAAUCUCAAAAAGAAAGCAGCGAUCCCAUAGUUUUGGUGCUCCGGAUAGCUCCUUACGCCAAAUUCGUUUGCUUGAGGAAGCCUAUCGCAGAAAACAAGUCGAUCGGAAUCCACUUUUAUAAGCUCAAAAAUCGGGUGAGUAAUAUUUUGCUUCAUUACUUUAUUUAUUUCAUGCAUUCAGUGCGAGAUGGGAUAUUAUGGUUGA